UGCAGUGAUAACUGAAUUGUCAAAAACAAACGAAAAAAAUUGUUUUGGUUACUUUACCAUUUUGUUUGCGUCGAAGGUGUUUGUCUGGGCAUUUACAGCAUUUAUUUAAUUUUAAUUCUCAUUGUCUGACUUUUAAAAAGCAUUUCGAUACUUGUGUUGUUUUAAUUGGCGGUGCUUAACAAGUGUUGUGUUGUGUGGGAAAGUGAGUGUUGUACGAAAAUGAGUAGUUCCCGUAAUUUGUUGUUACGAAGUCCAGAUAGUGAUGAGAUCGUCAGCAAUGCGUCCAGUAAUCUGUUGUCUGGUUCUCCUUCAUUGUCGUCCCUUAACAGAUUGCGAGAUACUUUCCGACGUUCGGAAAGUAUUUCCUCGCAAAUUAGUGCAAUAGUGUCGAAUGCAGCUGGUGUUGUAACGGGAACAAGUAACGUUCAAACUGGAAUAGCGUCGGAGGCAUCAUCAGCUUCAUCACAAACUUGUACGCCCAAAAAACGGAAGCCCGCUCGCGAUCCAGCCGAAAUUGAACGCAGUAAUUUGGUAAAUAUUUGUAAGCUCGUGGUGAAGGAGUUAUUGGAGCAAUCGUUGCGUUUCGGACGUAUGUUGGACUCUGACCAUCUACCGCUGCAGCACUUCUUCAUUGUAAUAGAGCACGUGUUAGGUCAUGGUUUGCGUCCAAAGAAGGGUCUUCUGGGGCCACGCAAAGAAUUAUGGGACCUGCUUCAAAGUGUAGAAAACUAUUGUCCUGAAUCACAGGACAUAACAGCGAGUGUGCGAGAUCUUCCCACGGUGCGUACACAUAUAGGACGCGCACGAGCUUGGUUGCGCAUAGCUUUGAUGCAAAAGAAAUUAGCUGAUUAUCUGCAAGCGCUUAUCGAGCAUCGAGAUGAUUCGCUCUACGAAUACUAUGAGUCACAUGCGCUGAUGAUGAGCGAUGAGAUUGUGGUCAUUAUGGGAAUCUUAGUGGGUCUAAAUGUGAUUGAUUGUAAUUUGUGCGUGAAGGAGGAAGAUUUGGACUCACAGCAGGGUGUUAUUGAUUUUUCGCUUUACCUGCGUUCGAGUUCGCGUAGUACCGAUAAUGAUGAGGAGAUCAAUCAGUCACUGGAGGCGAACGGUCAAGGCAAUAUGAUUGCGGUUUUGGACCAGAAAAACUACAUUGAAGAGCUCAAUCGGCAUCUAAAUGCCACUGUAGGUAAUCUGCAAGCUAAAGUCGAAACUCUGACCACUACAAAUGCGUUAAUGAAGGAGGAUCUUGCGAUCGCGCGUAACAGCCUAUUGGCCCUGCAAGCCGAGAACCAGGCGCUUCGUCAAAGUGCGACCAGUUCUAAAGAUGUUCCUAUAUCCAAUGUCGAGGCCAGUCCAAACAAAUCGACGGAUAGAGCGAAUAAAGCCACGAUUGAGUCGCUAACAGCCGAAUUGAGUGAAGAGAAAAAGAAAAAUUUAGAGCUAGACAAGGAAUUGAAACUACAAAUAUCACUCAAAGCUGAAUCUGAUAUGGCAAUGAAAUUGCUUGAGAAGGAUAUACACGAAAAGCAGGAUACGAUCGUAUCGCUGCGUCGACAAUUGGACGAUAUCAAACAAAUUAAUUUGGAAAUGUAUCGUAAAUUACAGGAAUGUGAAGACGAACUAACCCAAAAGGGUGAAAUGGUGUCACGACUACAAACCAAAGCUUCGCAAAUUGGCAAUAUUUUGCAGUCAUUAGAGAAAAAAUAUGAAAAUAAGUUAGAGCAACAACAACAGCUAGCUGGCCAUACAGGUGGAGGAGGAGACAAAUCGCCCAGUACACGACGUCAACAAAAUUUACAAAAAUUUGAAGCACUCACCAAAAAACACCGCCAGGACAUCGGACCACCAGUAAAGCGUUUACAUUUAAAAGUCGACGCCAUACCGCCUUUCAAUCCUAACAAUUAUCGCAAAUCACCAUCGGCAUCCGUGGCACCCGAAAAAUUAGAGACUGAUGGUGAACUUAAAACACCAACUUCAGCGAAAUCAUUCACCGAAGUGGGCAAAUCGUAUCCGGAUAAACCGAUGGACACCUGCAAAAGUGAUUACAUGCUCUCACAAGAGCAAAUGCAAAAUUAAAACGAUUGCAUUCAAUUAAUUGCAUUAAUUACAAUUUGAAUUUAAGCAUUUAUUUUAGUUUUCGUAUGCAUUUCGAAUUCGAAAUUCAAAACAUACCUACAUACAUAGUUCAAUGCUUUCUUAUCGAUUUGAAUGUCAGUAAUGCAUACAUACAUACAUACACAUAGCUGCCGCAAAGCCUUGAAGCCCCAGAACAAAUUCUGUCUAAAACAAAGCUUUGCUAAUGGAAAUGAAAAGCUAAAUUUUUAACAUAUUUCACUUGGAUAAUAAACAGAAACAACAACACUAAUGUAUGUACGUGCUAUAUGCAGAAAUUCUCUUUUCCAAUUUAUAUAUGUAUGUAUAUGUAGCUGUGAACAGUAAUUACUAAUAUUCAUAUAUAAAAGUACUAAAGGCCUUUUUACUAUCUAGGAGGUGUUAAAAAGCGAAAUUAAAAACCUACAACAAUAAUAAUAUAUACAUAUAAAUAUACAUAUAUAUAUGUAGAAUGUAUAGAAUAUAUAUAUAUAUAAUAGGGGUGUAAGUACAUACAAACAAACAUUCAUACAUAUAUUAUUGUUGAAAAUAUGGAUGUUGAAGUAAUGCAAAUGAAUCUGAAGGCGGCGACUCAUUUGAAUAUUUGCGGUCUAGUCAAAAGUACAAUAAAAAGUACAUAAAUAAAAUACCUGCGCAUAGACAAACCGAAAAGUUACUUAUAGACAAAAUCAAUCAGAAGAAAGUUGGAAUCAUAUACUUUACUUAUACAUACAAACAUACAUAGUUGCAUACAUACAUACAUACAUAUAAUAUUAGCAUUUAGAGAAAGCUGUAGCCAGUGAAUUUAAGCUUUUUUUCAAAUCCAAUCGGUUUUAGUUAAAUUUUGCUUGAAAGUUUACGAGCAAAAGCAUGUACACUUGUGCUCACAUAUUUAAGUCAGUGUGUUUUUUUACAAUAUUCAAAAUCUAUUUCGUGCUAAUGGUAGCGGCAGGCUAAUCACCUACCCUGCCAUUAAACAAAAUAGAUUAACGAAACCAACGCAAGACCGAGUCUUGUCGAGGACCUAUGCUCCCGAGUGGAGUGAACAAGGAAAAAAAAAUCGUGCUAAUUUUUAAUGAACAUUUUUUAUAGUUCAUUGUACAACAGUGAACUUCAAAGUUCAUAAAGCUCCAAACUUUGUACAAAAUUCACAAAAGUUUAACGAAUUUCAAAAAAUUGUCAUAAAAAUUUUAAAAUUUGUAAUCAAUGUAAUCUUUAGCAAACUUUUGGAUAUGCAAAUUAGUGCAUCGAAGUGGAAGUUUGAAGCCGCUCAAAACUCGCGUUGAACUUUGACAUUUUUUUUCCAGAUAAAAUACUUUCGAACGUGCGCUUUUUUCAACUCUUAACAGUAUGAAAAUAGGUACAUUAGGGUGACCGCUAUUUCCGAAAUUGUUGAUAUUAUUCGGUACAACCUCUAGAAAUAUUAAGUUACCCAAAAAACAUACUGAAUAUGAAAUACAGUAGAAACUUGAUUCUUGCAAGUGCUGAGGUUUUUUUCCAUAUAAAUUUAAAUAGUGAUUUUUUUACUGAUAGCAAUCCAUGUUGAUUUGAUUUUAUUGUAUUAAUUAAAUACCCUUUAAAGCGAUAAGCUUCAUUUGAAAUUAAAGAAAUUUUCGAUUUCGGUUUGUUUUGCACACACUCG